AUGCUCAGUGAAUGGGAGGACGGCGGCCAGAAGGCUGGGCAGGAGAGGGGUACGGACCCCCGGGCCCCAGAGCGGAAGCCCCAGAAGAAUGGGGUGCUGAGCGCAGUUGAGUCCGUCAAGGACCAGGACCCCCUGUGCUGCCGCGGGGACCGAGCCUCCACUGCCCCUGUGGGGACAUGGACCAAAUUCCACACAUCAGACCCCAGCAUCGCCCCCGGGAAGUACUCCCCGCUGGAGAAAGAGAUCCUGCGUCUAGGUGGCGUGCACACCGUGGCCUCCAGAAGGUUCCUGACGCACAAGCAGGAGGAGGAGCGGAAGAUGCUCCGGGAGCUGCAGCUGCGGUCGCCGGACUACAAGCAGGUGCUGGAGUACAGGCAGCAGUUCCCCCCGACCUUCGCCCCCUGCGGGCUCCUGAAGAAGAUCUGGACGGCCAAGGGGACGGUGUCCCCGGAGGAUCUCCGGGUGCCGCCGCGCGAGAGGCAGGGCAUCUGCAGGCACGUGGAGCGCAUGCAGUUCGCGCGGGCGCUGAGGACCCGGCCGCUGCCCGCCAUCCAGAGGGCUGGGUCCCCCGGCGGCCCCCCCGCGGCCGGAGGCGAGGACGCGGUGGCCGGCCAGGCCCACGGGGAUGCCGCGCCCGGGGAGAGCGAGGACACCACCGCAAAAAGACAAGAGAUCAAAAUGAGUGUCAUUUUCAAGCCCAAAGAGCCCCCCAAACCGCUCCCCCGCCAGCCCAGCGAGCUGAGGCCGUUCUUUGCCACCAAGAAAGCGGAGCGGUCCAUCGCCGGCUUCACCAACCGCAGCCUCUUUCGCUUGGCGGACUUCCCGGGGGACCUCUUGCUCAUGAACCAGGACUUCAUCUCGCGAGGCCUCCACCCCAGCGACAUGGCCCAGGCCAGCCACCGCCCCCAGCAGGAGGGUGCCUGGAGAGAGCCUCCGGGCAGGACUGCGUCUCACCAGCAUUAA